AGCAACGCAGGAGCGUGCUUGUGGCAGAACACGAAAAAUUUAUUAACUUUUUUCCCCGAUCGUUGCACGGUAUUCCAGUGGAUUGCAAAGAAGAGAAAGGAAGUUAGUGCGGUACAAAAUGGAGAAACUGACUUUACUAACGACAAACAUGGAGAUAUACCGACAACCGAGACAUGUUCCAGGUUACCUCGGGUAUACGCCACAGACCAAGUUCACCUACGGUGAGACUUUUGGGAACACAACUGGCCGCUGGUUCCAGGACUAGAGGACUGCUACUUUGAACACGAGUAAAGAACGGAUGGGAAGGGGUGGGGACAAAUAUCUCCCCUUUCCUACUUACUAUAUGAACAAUCCUCAACACGUGUUGGGUGCGCGCCCCAGAUCACGAGACCGAUGGCAAGCAGCACCUAAAUACAAACUUUUUAAUACAGACGACAGGGACGUGGCUAUCAAAAAAUGCGAUAAGGCCGCCCAACAUCAUCGGGAACAUUACAAAGACAGAACAGAAACAGUUCCACCAGUGAGACUUUUUAUCUUACCAAGUGUGUUUCAGGCUACCAAGUCUCGCAGAAUACCUGCAACGGGAAGAACUAAAAAUCAAGAGAGAGCCUUAGCAUACGCUAACGAAGUCUACAGGACAACGAGAAAUAAACCGCUGGCCAAGUCUACCGUGGAGACACGCCGAAUACGAGACGUGUUUUUCGAGCAGAGAUAGCUUGGAUUAAUAAUUGCUACAUAGUUUGAAUUAAUGAAAUUUCUCGCUGUGUUUUUAUUUAUUUGAGUGAAAGCGAAUGAAUUUUGGCAUAAAUAAGAAUAAAAGCAAUAGCUGUUCAUGA